CGCAGAGAGGCGCGCAUACUGUACGCGGUGCGGAGAGCAGAGGAGCGGUCUCAGAUUGCGGGCGUCUGGGCUUUAAAAGCGGGCGUCACCUCGCGGCUCCGCAUCAGCAUCUCCAGGAGAGAGAAGAGCGGAACGAGCUGCCGACUGAUCAUUUGCGAUGAUGUCACUGCAGAAACCUCCCCUCAGACGCAGCGCAUCGACCGUAGAAUCGACCAAUCACAGCGGGCCUCUGUUGACUCCGCCCACCUCCCUCAACUUACGCUCCUCCCACAACCAGCAGCUGAGCUGCGACACCAUAAAGGAGGGCGUGGUCGCCGUUUCCAAGGAAGCGCAAAGCUCGAAGAGUCGGCAGAAAUAUGCACUGACCAAUAUCCAAAACGCGAUGGGUUUGAGCCAAAACCCCGCCCCUUUGACCCAAAGCCACACCUCCUCGGACCGAAAACCCGCCCCCACAAAAUCCGCCUCCUCUUCGUCCCUCUACUGCUCCUCGCUCUCCUUCUCCACCUCCAAUCCCAAACUGGCCAAAAACGGCACCAACCUGCAGCUCAAAGAGGAGCAGCUGGACCUCAACAAGAACGACAAGAACCUGGUGAGGAGCAGCUGGGAUUGGCUGGAGGGGAAGGACAACCAGAAGAACCCCACCAUCAGGAGGAGGACCAAGAGCUUUCUAGAGUACCAUCGAGAAGAAGAGGCACCGAACAGCCCAGAUAAAGACACACGGGCCGAGGAGAAACACCUCCUGCCCAAACUAGAGGCGCAGACGUGGGCUAAAGAGAACCAUGUGGAGGUGCACCUCACCCUCCCUCAGAACCACCUGCUCCUGCUGGCCAGCGAGGAAGAGGAGGAGGAGGAGGAGAGUCCCGGAGAGACGCUGGAGGUUCACGAACACUCGCUCCGGCCCAAUAACGAGCGCAUCGGCCGCGUCAGAGACGGGUCUCCGGGGGGAGCGCGGCUGCAGAGGAGUCCCUUACGCCUGAAGCUGAGACGAGACGAGCCGGAGGAGUCGCCCGAACGCCCGGCCAGACCCGAGAAACAGGAGGAGGAGGAGGAGGACUCCAGCUGGACCACGCUGUCACAGGAGAGCCCGUCUGUGGAGACUCCUCAGGAGACAGGUGUUUGGGAAGAGCCUCCUCAGGUUCAGGACGUGUCUCAGGAGUAUUUUUGGCGUAUUUCAGCUGAUUCCACUCCUCGAGAUCAGCCUGUGGCUGGCGACGCCCACUCUGACCAGGAGGUGGAGCCGAGGCUGAAGGGGGCGUGUCUUCCUGUGCCCUGCACUAAAGCACAGACUGAGCGGCCCAGCAGUAUCGUCUCGGACAGCUCUGUUGAACCCGUUCCUUCAUCAGCAGCUUCUUCACCCUCCUCUUCCUCGCUGUGCUAUGAGGCGAUGGGCCGCGCCGCCGGGUUCCUCAACAACAACUACCUGGACCUGACGGAGACAUGCGAGUCCCGCGAGCGCCGGCGCGAGAGAGAGCGACAGGAGGAGCGCGAGAGACAGCGAGAGAUGAGCCGAGUGAGUUUGGGAGCUCACGGUGGACCGUACAGCUUCAUCAACCACAGAGCUAAAGUCCCAUCAGCCCCUGCAGACACCGUCAUCCCCAUCAACGACCCGGAGACGCAGGUGUUUGCGGUGUGUUAUCUGGGCUGGCUGGAGGUGCGAGACGCAGACGUGACGUCUCCGAGGAGCGGCGCGGUGUUGAGCGACUGCAUCCAGCAGCUGCAGCAGCGCAGAGAGACGCAGAGGCCGCGGGUGAGACGCAGACGCAGACGCAGACGCAGACAGACAGCGCUCGGAUCUCAUUCACACGCUCACACAGCUCUCUCAUCUCUCUCGUCUCGCUCUCAGACUCAAGCCAUGCUGCUGGUGCUGCAGGACAUCACUCUGACCCUCAUCGACCCCACUGACCACACCCUCCUGCACUCUCAGCCAAUCAGCUGCAUCCGCGUCUGGGGAGUGGGGCGGGGCUUCAGCAGGGAUUUCGCGUAUGUGGCCCGUGACAAGAACACGCGUGUGUUGAAAUGCCACGUGUUUCAAUGUGACAGUCCCGCGGAAAGCGUCGCCAGCAGCCUGAAGCAGAUCUGCUCGAAGAUUAUGGCUGAUCGCAGGAGCAUCGGUCCGGUCGCUGGCUCCUCGUCUCAGAUCAGCUCUGAUGUUCCUCUGAGAGUAGAGUUUCCAACACCAAAGACUGACCUGCAACACAGUUUCCACGUGCUUUACCUGGGAAUGACGACAGUACUGCGGCCUAUAGGAAUGGACAUGAUAAAUGGAGCGAUAGACAGUCUGGUGUCCUCCGCAGGGAAAGAGGACUGGACCCCCGUCCUGCUCAACGUCGCUGACGCCACAAUUACUGUCAUCAAAGAAAAGGAAGAAGAGGAGGAAGUCAUAGUGGAGUGCCGCGUGCGCUUCCUGUCUUUCAUGGGCGUGGGGCGUGACGUCCAUACGUUUGCGUUCAUCAUGGACACGGGAAACCAGCACUUCCAGUGUCACGUGUUCUGGUGCGAACCCAACGCCGGAAGCGUGUCGGAGGCUGUGCAGUCGGCCUGUGUGUUGCGGUAUCAGAAGUGUCUGGGGAAGUCUGGCUCCUUGACUCCGCCCCCUACCGACUCCGUCACCCGCCGCGUAACGUCCAGCGUCAAGCGCGGCGUCCAAUCAAUUAUAGACACUCUGAAAAAGAAGCCCGCCCCCGAGGUUCCCCACCAAUGACGGAGCAGAACGGCUGUGACGGACAGCAGGUGUGUGUGUGUAUUUACUGAUGCAAACGAGAAGAGAAACACAGGCCAACAUAACAAAAAAAGAGGAGCGAGAUGAAUGAGAUGUCGUCGGCGCGUAACUGCGCUGAAUGAAGCAUGCGUCUGCCUUACACUAACACACUCUCACUGAAGUAUUUCGAGGGCGUCAGUGUUCAUGUGGCACUGAUCCAGUCACGUUCAGAUCAAUGUAAGUCUUCACACGCGUGACCUGGAUUCAGUGCGUCUCAUUUCAAACCACCCACACACUCGGGAAAUUGGAUCCUUUGAAAAUUUUUCUCUUUCCCCAAGAAAUUUAGAGUGAAUUUUCUGCUUUUGGAGAGUGUGUAAAAUGUCAGACUCACGGCCUGGCUGAUCUAUCAUCUUUCAUCAUGAUGUUCAGUGGGAAUAUUGUAAUACAUCAGAGUCUGUAACAUCUGCUCAGUCUAAUACUGUAAUGAAGAGCGGAACGGGGAUCUUCUGAUCACACAAGCACACUCCUUUAGUUAAACAUUACGGCCUGAAAGAGCCCUGCGCAAGUACGCAAACACAGACGCGAACGCUUGGCAAACGUGUGCUGCUUCUGUACAAACUCAACAUGAUCCUGUGGUGAUGAAAGAAAAAAAAACUCAUUCAAAUGUAUAAAUGACAUUAAACCAGUGUUUUUGUUCAGAUGUCCAGCUAAAGAUGCCAAAGUUAGUCCAUCUGUUUUUUUUUUUUAAAUGAAACCGUUUAUUGAACCUUUAGACAAAAUGCAUUCAAAAAAGUGUUUUUGUUUAAUAUCAUAUUUGAUCCAUCAGGCUUUUAUGGCUCAUAUAGUCCGAUAUAGUGAGAAUAUGGAAAAACAGAGACUCUGAAUAAAACUGAGCAAAAAUAUGAAUCUGCUGCAGAUGCUGAUAUUUCUAUGAUGAUAUUCUGAUGCUUGUGAUGUAAAUCAAUGAGAUGUUUAUAACAGUGCAGCAGAUACUGACAUAAAAUGAUCUAAAUAUCAGCGUUCGCUCUAUAUCUCCAAUAAUAUCUUAGUAAGAUGAGAUUGAAAUGAUCCAAACAUAUAAUGCAAUGCUGAUGGAGAGAUGAAGAAAUAAACGCUCCUCAGAAGAUGUGAGAUGAUCAGAUAUUAGACUAAAAAAAAGAUUGAUGGAGAAUCAAGUAAAGCUGAGCUGCUUCAGUAAGAGUUCAUCUGGAGACAUGACUGCAGUUAUUCUGACCUUUACUUGAUCAAAAUCAGUCCAGAUUUGACACGAGAAGCAGCAGCUGAAGCUGGACGCUUGUAUAAUUACACUAAAAGAGCUUUUACUGGAUUAAAAAAAAAAAAAAAAAGACCUUCAGCAUUGUAAAAUGUGGUCGAAAUACAUUGAUUUAAUGCUAAAUGUUUGUUAAAAAAAAACAAAAACAAAUUAACAUUGAAAUUUUGCUUGAUGUUGAAACCACUUGACAAUAUCAAUGUUGAUUUGAUUUGAAAUGUUGAUUUAACCUCGAUCAUUCCCAUUGAAUAGCUGGUUGGAUCCACGUCAAUGUUUCAAAGUGAGAAAACCCUCUUAUUUUGGUGUGUAACAGCCACUUUCAUAACUGCAUCAAUUUUUAAAUGGUAAAAUGAAGUCCCUUGCUUAUUUUUUUUUUCAUUAAGAAAUCCCACACUGUGAAAGCAACCUUAAAUCUCAACCUUAAAAAGCAACACCAUCUAAAAGCCAUUUCUCCACCGUGACUCCUUAAGAAACUGUAGCGAAUGUCGAUUUACGCUAAUGCCGGUCGUAACGCCCCUUUGUAGCAGUGCUGAAGAUGCAAAACGUACUUGCAUUGCAUUAUGAAUAGUGGAACGCAGUGAUGCAUGAACAGAGCUUGCUUUGCUAAGAGAUUUUGCGUACUUGCGUAGAGCGUUUCGGAGGCUCACAUACAUGAGGAAUCCCUGCUAAAGAAUAAGCUUCAGAUAUCAAACAAACACAGGAAUGUUAUUUCUCACAGAAUGGUGUUUUAAACCAGAUCGACCACUAAAGACACUCAUUUUUACACCAUAUUAAUGUAUCAUGUUGUGGAAAUAAAUUACAU